AUGCGAUACUCCAUUGUUGCUCCGGCCAUUCUCGCCGGCACCGCCUUUGCGUGGCUUCCCCAAGACCGCGAACUGGCAGCUUUCAACCAGACUGCUCGUUUUGAGCAACUUGGCAAGCGCUUUGAGCCUGCACUUGCUUCUGGUAUCACCAAGAUCCGUGGUGUCAACUUCGGUGGAUGGCUUAUCAGCGAGCCAUGGAUGAUGUCCAAUGAGUGGAACAACAACAUGGGUUGCAACGGUGCUGCCUCUGAGUUCGAUUGCAUGCGCAAUAACUAUAUGGGCAGCAAGCGUGCGACCGGAAACACAAAGUUCCAGAACCACUACAGGGACUGGAUUAACCCAGCCACCGUUCAGUCUGUUCACGAUGUCGGCUUGAACACUAUCCGUAUCCCCAUUGGCUACUGGUCCUACAACGCCAUUGUCGACACGGCUAGCGAGCCAUUUGCCGACGGCAACCUUCAGCUUCCGUACCUUGAUGCGGUCGUUCAGAAGGCUGCUGAUCUCGGAAUCUACGUCAUCAUUGAUUUUCACGGCGCCCCUGGUGGUCAGCAAGAAGACGCCUUUACCGGCCAGAACAACAAGCCUGCGGGUUUCUACAACUCAUACAACUACGGCCGUGCUGAGAAGUGGAUGACUUGGAUGACAAACCGCAUCCACACCAACCCUGCAUACUCGACUGUUGGUAUGAUUGAGGUUCUCAACGAGCCUGUCUCCAGGCACGAUGGAGGUGGUCGCUACCCUGCUCCUGGUCAAGACCCAAGCAUGGUGCAGACCUUCUACCCAGGCGCCCUCAAGGCUGUGCGUGAUGCCGAAGCUGCGCUGAACGUCCCAAGCAACAAGAAGCUGCACGUGCAGUUCAUGUCCAGCAAGUGGGACUCUGGCGAUCCUCGCAGCAACGCCGCAGUCAAGGCCGACCCCAUGGUUGGAUUUGACGAUCACAACUACAUUGGCUUUGCCCUUGGCAACACUGGUGACCAGUACUCGCUCAUGCACAGCGCAUGCACUGACUCUCGUGUCGUGAACGGCCAGGACUUUGCCAUCACCGGCGAGUGGAGCAUGACUUCUGGUGUCGACUGGCAUGACGGAAACUUCUUCAAGAAGUGGUGGACAGCUCAGCAGCAGCUGUAUGAAUCUCCUGGAAUGGACGGAUGGGUCUACUGGACCUGGAAGACUGAGUUGAACGACCCUCGAUGGACCUACUCUUAUGCUACCUACCUCAACUACAUCCCAACUAACGCCGCUGCCCUGCAGCAGAACGUUUACCAGGAUGUCUGCGCUGGAUUCAGGUAA